AAAAUCUAGAGAUGCUGUAAUGGUGAGACUCUGGAGCCUUCCUGAGCACCUGGAGAAGACUUGCUGCUGAGAAGGACAUUUUGAAGGUUUUGUUGGCUGAAAAAGCUGUUUCUGGAAUCACACCCCUAGAUCUUUCUUGAAGACUUGAAUUCGAUUCGGGCCAUGGGGACACAGAAGGUCACCCCAGCUCUGAUCUUUGCCAUCACAGUUGCUACAAUCGGCUCUUUCCAGUUUGGCUACAACACUGGGGUCAUCAAUGCUCCUGAGAAGAUCAUAAAGGAAUUUAUCAAUAAAAGUUUGACGGAGAAGGCAAAUAUCCCUCCCUCUGAGGUGCUGCUCACGUCUCUCUGGUCCUUGUCUGUGGCCAUAUUCUCCGUCGGGGGUAUGAUCGGCUCAUUUUCCGUCGGACUCUUUGUCAACCGCUUUGGCAGGCGUAAUUCAAUGCUGAUUGUCAACCUGUUGGCUGUCACUGGUGGCUGCUUUAUGGGACUGUGUAAAGUAGCAAAGUCAGUUGAAAUGCUGAUCCUGGGCCGCUUGGUUAUUGGCCUCUUCUGCGGACUCUGCACAGGGUUUGUGCCCAUGUACAUUGGAGAGAUCUCGCCUACUGCCCUACGGGGUGCCUUUGGCACUCUCAACCAGCUGGGCAUCGUGGUUGGAAUUCUGGUGGCCCAGAUCUUUGGUCUGGAAUUCAUCCUUGGGUCUGAAGCGCUCUGGCCAUUGCUAUUGGGCUUCACCAUCCUUCCUGCUAUCCUACAAAGUGCAACCCUUCCAUUUUGCCCUGAAAGUCCCAGAUUUUUGCUCAUUAACAGAAAAGAAGACGAGAAGGCUAAGCAGAUCCUCCAGCGGUUGUGGGGCACCCAGGAUGUAUCCCAAGACAUCCAGGAGAUGAAAGAUGAGAGUGCAAGAAUGUCACAAGAAAAGCAAGUCACCGUGCUGGAGCUCUUUAGAGUGUCCAGCUACCGACAGCCCAUCAUCAUUUCCAUUGUGCUCCAGCUCUCUCAGCAGCUCUCUGGCAUCAAUGCUGUGUUCUACUACUCAACAGGAAUCUUCAAGGAUGCAGGUGUUCAAGAGCCCAUCUACGCCACCAUCGGCGCGGGUGUGGUUAAUACGAUCUUCACUGUAGUUUCUCUAUUUCUGGUGGAAAGGGCAGGAAGAAGGACUCUGCAUAUGAUAGGCCUUGGAGGGAUGGCUGUUUGUUCCACGCUCAUGACUGUUUCUUUGUUAUUAAAGGAUAACUAUAAUGGCAUGAGCUUUGUCUGUAUUGGGGCUAUCCUGGUCUUUGUAGCCUUCUUUGAAAUUGGACCAGGCCCCAUUCCCUGGUUUAUUGUGGCCGAACUCUUCAGCCAGGGCCCCCGCCCAGCUGCGAUGGCAGUGGCCGGCUGCUCCAACUGGACCUCCAACUUUCUAGUCGGAUUGCUCUUCCCCUCUGCUGCUCACUAUUUAGGAGCCUACGUUUUUAUUAUCUUCACUGGCUUCCUCAUUACCUUCUUGGCCUUUACCUUCUUCAAAGUCCCUGAGACCCGUGGCAGGACUUUUGAGGAUAUCACACGGGCCUUUGAAGGGCAGGCACACGGUGCAGAUAGAUCUGGGAAGGACGGCGUCAUGGAGAUGAACAGCAUCCAGCCUCCUAAGGAGACCACCACCAAUGUCUAAGUCAUGCCCGCUUCCACCUCCCUCCCAGCAUGGGAAAGCCAUCUCUCCCUGAACACAGGAGAGACCUCAUCAGGAUGAACCCAGGACUGCUUCUGAAUGCUGCUACUUGGUUCCUUUCUCAUCCCACGCACUCCAUGAGCACCCCAAGGCUGGGGUUUGUUGGAUUUUCAAUGGCUUUUUAAAUAUUUUAUUUCCUGGACAUUCUCUUCUGCUUAGGAGAGACCAAGUGAACCUACCUUCAUUUCAGGAGGGAUUGGCCACUUGGCAUAUGACAACUUUGCUAGCUUUUUCUCCCUUGGGUUCUAAUAUUGCCACAUUAGGGGAUAUAGGAGAGGAAAAGUAAGGUGCGGUUCCCCCAACCUCAGACUUAACAGAAAGCAGAUACAUAUAUGAGUGUGGAAGGCAGAGGGGCUUUAUGUAAGAGCACCUUCCUCACUUCCACACAGCCUUACACGGCAAGUAAACUUGAGUUUUAUUUAUUUUAUCCUCUGGUUUAAGUUCCAGGAUACAUGUGCAGAAUGUGCAGGUUUGUUACAUAGGUAUAUAUGUGCCAUGGUGGAAAUAUUUAUUUUUUUAAGCAUAAUUUUACCAAAUAAUAAAAACAGAAGGAAAUUGAGAUUAGAAGUAGGUGUUUAAAGAGAGGUUAUAGAGUAAAAGAUUUGAUGCUGGAGAGGUUCAGGUGCAAUAAGAAGAAUUUAGGGAGAAAUGUAGUUCAUUAUUGGAGGGUAAAUGAUGUGGUGCCUGAGGGCUGUAUGUUACUUCUUAACAAUUUUUGUCCUUCAGAUGGAAACUCUUGAAGUUUAAUUUUUCAUAAAAGUCAUAUAUAAUAAAGCUACUGAUUUCCUUUGGAACUUUUUUCUUUAAGAUAAUAGUUUACAUGUAGUAGUACUUGAAGUCUAGGAUUAUUAACUAAUAUGGGCAUUGUAGUUAAUGACGGUUGAUGGGUUCUAAUUUUGGAUGGAGUCGAGGGAAGGGAAAGUGAUUUCUAGAAAGCCUGUUCCCCUCACUGGACGAAAUAACUCCUUCUUGUAGUAGUCUCAUGACUUUUGAAGUAAUCUGCCACCUAUCUUGUGGGAGCCAUCCAAAUGAGAAACCAAAAAUAAUUGGUUCUUGGUAGAGAUUCAUUAUUUCUCCACUUUGUUCUUUAGUAGGUUUUAGGUGUUGAUUUUCUGUUUUAUUUUAACUCUUACCUUUAAAGGAAUUCCCCAAAGAAUGUUUAUAGCAAACUUGGAAUGUGUAACCUCAGCUCUGGGAGAGGAUUUUUUUCUGAGCGAUUAUUAUCUAAAGUGUGUUGUUGCUUUAGGGUUACAGCACGCUUGCUUAUGUCUGUUACCAUGUCACUGUGGUCCGAUGCCGAGUGCCCUUAGGGGACUUGAAUCUUUCCAAUAAACCACGUUUGAGAUAGUAUGA